UUUCUCACCUUAGUUUUUAUAUGAGCUGUUAAGGAAAUUCUUGCUUUUCUUGGAUUUGACGACGGCUUGCUUGAUAAAAUAAUCACUAUUUUAUAUUUAAAAAAAAAUUGCCAUGCGCGGCUAAUAUCACGAGUCUAGCGCCCAGGCCUCAGGAGCAUGGAAACAUUACAACAACAAGAACAAAAUCGAAUGGCCACAUAUAAAUAUUGAAAUUUGAAGAAAUGCCACGUAUAGUGUGGCUCACAGCAGUUAAUCCUUUUUAGUAAUGCUUAUAUACUUUUAUAAUCUGAACUACAAGCUUGAAGCAUGCAUUCCUUACACGUGAAGACCCCUCUAUUAGAAAGCCAUCCUCUCUCGAGAAAAGCAAAGUGCUCCGUCUACAUCAAGCUAGACAACGUGCAACCGUGCGGCUCUUUCAAAAUAAGAGGUGUUGGAAAUCUAUGCCAAAAGGCUGUACAGAGAGGAUCGCAACACCUUGUUUGCUCAUCAGGUGGCAAUGCUGGACUUGCCGCAGCCUACUCGGCACGGAUGCUUGACACUCCUUGUGACAUCAUAGUACCUAGUACUACUCCAGAAUCAAUGGUGGUGCGUCUCCGGGAAGAGGGAGCUAAUGUCACAGUGCAUGGUGAUGUUUGGGAUGAAGCAGAUGGGUAUGCUAGGAAACUAGUCCAAGAAAAAGGCUACACUUAUGUACCACCAUUUAACCACCCUGAUAUCUGGGAAGGCGUGGCAUCUGUCAUACACGAAUCAUCGGAACAGAUCAAGAACAAGCCUGAUGUUGUGGUGGUGUGUGUCGGUGGUGGAGGCCUGUUGUGCGGUGUACUGCAAGGCUUACAUGAUGUUGGCUGGAAGGACGUCCCUGUCAUCGCCAUGGAGACUGAAGGAGCCAAUAGUUUUGAAGCAUCAGUAAAAGCCGGCGAACUUGUCACUUUAGAUGGCAUCAGAAGCAUUGCCAAAACUUUGGGUGCAACACGUGUUGCAGAAAGGGCACUGGAAUGGACUAAGGAACACAACGUGAUCAGUUGCGUGUGUACAGAUAGCCAGGCCGUCAACGCAUGUGAAAGAUUUGCCAAGUGCGCAACCAUUUGGUAUCAAAUGCCACCAGGCGAUGAUCACCGUAUGCUUGUGGAGCCCAGCUGUGGUGCGACACUCGCUGCUAUUUACGAAAACAUUCUUCCAAAGCUGCAGGUUGACGGGAGACUGGGUACUAUCAAGACAGCCUUGGUCAUCGUUUGUGGCGGGAACAUGGUCACCAUCGAACAAUUACUCAAAUGGAAAACGCAACUAAGGUUGAAUGAAGUGAACCAAAAAGUACUAUGAAACCUCUA